UCGCGACAAUGGCUAUUUUCAACGAACCAUAAAGAUAUCGGAACAUUAUAUUUUAUUUUCGGAGCUUGAGCAGGUAUAGUGGGAACAUCUCUUAGAAUCUUAAUCCGGGCAGAACUGGGUCACCCAGGAGCUUUAAUCGGAGAUGAUCAAAUCUAUAAUGUCAUCGUAACAGCUCAUGCAUUUGUUAUGAUUUUUUUCAUAGUGAUACCUAUUAUAAUUGGAGGAUUUGGAAAUUGACUAGUACCCCUAAUACUAGGAGCGCCAGAUAUAGCAUUCCCUCGAAUGAAUAAUAUAAGAUUUUGAUUAUUACCCCCCUCUCUUACAUUACUUUUAGUGAGCAGUAUAGUAGAAAACGGAGCUGGUACAGGUUGAACUGUUUAUCCUCCCCUUUCAUCAAUUAUCGCUCAUGGUGGAGCCUCAGUUGAUUUAGCUAUUUUUUCUCUACAUUUAGCUGGUAUUUCAUCAAUUUUAGGGGCCGUAAAUUUCAUUACUACAGUAAUUAAUAUGCGAUCAACAGGAAUCACAUUUGACCGGAUACCUUUAUUCGUUUGAGCUGUAGUAUUGACAGCUCUUCUUUUACUUCUAUCUCUACCUGUAUUAGCCGGAGCUAUUACUAUACUUUUAACAGACCGAAAUUUAAACACCUCUUUCUUCGACCCGGCUGGUGGUGGAGACCCUAUUUUAUACCAACAUUUAUUUUGAUUCUUUGGACACCCUGAAGUUUAUAUUUUAAUUUUACCAGGAUUCGGUAUAAUUUCUCAUAUUAUUAGACAAGAAUCGGGUAAAAAGGAAACAUUUGGUUCCUUAGGUAUAAUUUACGCUAUAAUAGCAAUUGGAUUACUUGGAUUUAUUGUAUGAGCCCACCAUAUAUUUACAGUAGGUAUAGAUGUUGAUACUCGAGCUUACUUCACUUCAGCUACAAUAAUUAUUGCUGUUCCUACUGGAAUUAAAAUUUUCAGAUGACUAGCCACUCUUCAUGGAACACAAUUAAAUUAUUCCCCAGCUAUGCUAUGAGCUUUAGGUUUUGUAUUUUUAUUCACAGUUGGGGGACUAACUGGAGUAGUAUUAGCCAACUCUUCUGUUGAUAUUAUUCUUCAUGACACUUACUACGUAGUAGCUCAUUUCCAUUAUGUUUUAUCAAUAGGAGCAGUAUUUGCUAUUAUAGCUGGAUUUGUACACUGAUACCCAUUAUUUACUGGAUUAGUUUUAAAUCCUAAGUGAUUAAAAAGUCAAUUUAUUAUUAUAUUUAUUGGUGUAAACUUAACUUUCUUCCCUCAACACUUCUUAGGAUUAGCAGGAAUACCUCGACGUUACUCCGACUACCCAGAUGCUUACACAACGUGAAACGUAGUUUCUACAAUUGGUUCAUCAAUUUCUUUACUAGGAAUUCUUUUCUUUUUAUUUAUUAUUUGAGAAAGAUUAGUUACUCAACGUCAAGUAAUUUACCCAAUACAACUUAGUUCUUCAAUUGAAUGACUUCAAAAUACACCACCUGCUGAACAUAGUUAUUCAGAAUUACCUCUUUUAACUAAUU